AUGGAUCAAACAUUGCUCUACAAUUUGUGCCAUGGGAUUCCAAAAAUCGAGCUCCAUUGUCACUUAUUUGGUACUGUUAGAAAGACAACUAUGAUGUAUCUUAAUAACAAGGCAGGUAAACCGUUGACUGACCAAGAACUUAAUGAAUUUUACGUAAGAGGCGAGAAACCAGUGGGUGUAUUAAGAAUCCUUCGAGCUUUAGACAAAUACCUUAUUCGUACAGAGGAUGACUUGUACAGAUUGACAACUGAGUAUUUGGAAGAUGCUCAUUCACACAAUGUCCGCUACAGUGAAUUUUUCUGGAAUCCCACGGGAACAGUUAAAGUAUCCUGCAUAGAAUAUCAUAAAGCACAAGGCGCAAUAGUUGCAGCAAUUAGAGAUUCGGAGAAAAGGCUUGGGAUAAAAAGCAGACUAAUAAUCUCCAUAGAUAGAGAAGAGUCUCCUGAAUCAGCAAUUGAAAUGGUUCUUUGGAUGACUAAAUACAGAGCUCCUGAAGUAGUAGGUAUCGGUAUCGAUUAUAGAGAAGAAUUGGGGCCACCAGAAAAGUUCAUUGAAGCUUAUAGAUGUGCGAAACAAGCUGGCUUUCGAGCAACAGCACAUGCGGGUGAGUUCGGCUGUCGGCCUAAAAACAUUGAAGUGGCAAUUAAUCACUUGAAUGUGGAUCGAAUUGACCAUGGCUAUACUGUUUUAGAAGAUGACAGUCUUACAAAGGAGUGUUUGGAUAGAAAAUUCGUGUUCACUGUCGUUCCCACGAACUCUUAUUAUCUAAGAACUUUGACUCCUGAAGACUGGGAAAGAAAGCAUCCUAUUCGUCUUAUGGUCCAAAGGGGUUUGAGAGUAUUUCCAAACACAGAUGAUCCGGCAUUUCAUCAGGUCACUCCCACCAAAGCAUGGAUGAUGAUGGUAGAGCAUUUUGGUUGUACUAUAUCUGAUUUGAAGAAGUGUCUUCAAUAUAGCAUUGAGGCUGCAUGGAUUGAUGAAUCUACAAAAGAGACUUGGAUGCAAGAAUGGCCCUCUUACUUUGAUGCCUUUUUAAAAUGA